AUGACGAGCACACGCUUUGACUUCACCGUGAAGAUCAUCGUGCUAGGAGACAGGAGUGUGGGCAAGAGCUCCUUCCUGGCCUUGCUGGCUGACCACGACCCUGACGUCACGGGCUCCCCCACCAGGUGUCUGGACUACCGGCCCAACGGUCACGUGGAGAUGGACAUGUGCAAGAACGGCAAGAGGAUCCUGGCCAAAGUGGCGGACACUGGGGGUCAGGAGAGGUUCCGAAGCAUCACCGCCUCCUUCUACCGCGGCUCCCAGGGAUGUCUUCUCAUGUUUGACGCCGAGAAACCGGACACUUUCAGUCAUGUGUACACCUGGCACACAGACCUAGAGAUGUACACCAGCAAACAGCCCAUGUCCACAACCCUGGUCGGCGUCAACUCACAGUCCAAUAAACGACAAAUCAUGUCUCAACUGUCUAUUGUGUCCAAAGAUCAAAAUCUCAACUGUCUGUUGUGUUCACAGAUCAAAAUCUCAACAAUCAGCCCCGAUCAAGCUGAGCGGCUGGCCUCCCAGCUAGACAUGCAGUACCUUGAACUUGACCUCUCCCCGACCCGGAAGUCGCUGAGCGCCGUGAAGAUCCUGGAGUCUCUGAUUGGCCGGAUCAUCCUGCACGCCUCCCGCCUGCCCUCGCUCACCAUCGACAUCAUCCCUCACCAGCUCAAACAACACCUGGAGGACUUGCACAAACACGCGCUGGAAGAAGGACAACCCAACAAGUUCAAGUGUUCUUGCUAG